UAACACAGUACAUUGCAGUUAUAACCUCAAUGGCGUCCCGAAAAUAUUUAUUAAGCUAAAGUGCUUAAAUUAAACAGUGUUUGCAUUUGCUUGUAGUUUAGACUCGAGAAAAUCUAUUAAUCUAUUACAGAAUGUCUGACUUCAUCGAAUCCGAGGCCGAGGAGUCUGAGGAUGAGGAGGAAUUGACCCCUCAUGAUAAGAAGAGGCUGAAGAGAUCGAGGGCCAUGAAUGACUCCUCUGAAGAAGACGAUGAAGAUGACGAUAGGGAAGAUCUGAAGGAUCUCAUUGAUGAUAACCCAAUUGAAGAAAGUGAUGGUGAGGACUCUGAUCGAGAUGGACAGAAGAGAAAGAAAUCGGAUGAAGAAUAUGAUGAUCGGCUUGAGGAUGAAGAUUAUGACCUUAUUGAGGAAAAUUUGGGUGUUAAAGUGGAAAGAAGGAAAUUCAAAAGGUUGAAACGAAUCAGGGAUGAGGAGAGUGACAAUGAGGAUACUGCAGAUCAGAGUCAGGAUCGAGAUGCAAUUGCUAUGGAGAUAUUCACAGAUGAUGAUAAAGAUGAUCAUCAGGAUGAUGAAAGACGGUCAGAGAGGAGCCACAGACAUGUGGCGGAGCCGGAGCAAUACGAUGAAGAUGAUGAUGACUCUGAUGCUGAUGACUUUAUCGUCGAUGACGAGGGUAGGCCAAUCGCUGACAAGAAAAAGAAGAAAAAACCGAUAUUUACCGACGCUGCGUUGCAAGAAGCUCAAGAGACUUUCGGCGUUGAUUUCGACUACGACGAGUUCUCUAAAUACGAGCAAGAUGAGUACGAGGAGGACGAUGAAGAAGACGAAGAUUACGAUGAUGAGGAUGAGGACGGGGAGAGGCGCAGAAGGCCCAAGAAAACGAAGAAAAAGAUGAGUAAAAAGACUAUCUUCGAGGUGUACGAGCCUAGCGAACUUAAGCGAGGCUUCUUCACCGAUUUGGACAACGAGAUUAGGAACACAGAUGCCCCGGAGCGAAUGCAAAUUCGCGAAGUUCCCAUAACUUCUGUCCCGGAGGAUUCGACUGAACUAGACGAUGAAGCCGAAUGGAUUUACAAGCAAGCCUUCUGCAAGCCAUCGAUAUCUAAUCAAGAGUCUCAUCUUACCGUGGAGGCUAGGGAACGGCAGAAGAAGGGCCCGCAAACAGUUGGAAAGAUACGAAAAGCACUCGACUUCAUGCGUAACCAGCAACUGGAAGUGCCUUUCAUCGCGUUCUACAGGAAAGAAUAUGUUCAGCCUGAAUUGACGAUAAAUGAUUUAUGGAAGGUCUACAAGUUCGACGCGAAAUGGUGCCAGUUAAAAUCACGUCGUCAGAAUCUUCUGAACCUCUUCGAGAAAAUGCGCUCUUACCAACUGGAUCAACUCACGAAGAACCCGGAUGCUCCCAUUCCGGAAAACGUGCGCGUCAUGAAGGACUCUGAUCUUGAUAGGCUGAAAAACUGCCAGACAACUGAAGAGCUUCAGGACAUUUACAAUCACUUCGUGUUGUAUUACGCGGGCGAUCUGCCAGCGAUGCACGUAGCUUGGCGUGAAAAGGAAAGGGAGAGGAAAAAGUUCGAAAAGCGACAGGCGAGGUUGAAGCAAAUUGCGGAAAAUGAAGACGGGGCUGAUAUCCCCGAGGAUGUCGACAUCGACGAACAGGAUGAACCUGAAGAACAGGAAACUUUAAAGUACGCAAAUCGAUCUGGUUCUUAUGCCCUCUGCACUAGGGCAGGAAUCGACGGAUUGGCUAAGAAAUUCGGUCUCUCUCCGGAACAUUUCGCUGAGAAUUUGCGUGAUAAUUAUCAAAGGCACGAAGUCGAUCAAGAGUGCGUCGAGCCUUUAGAAGUAGCGAAAGAAUUCAUUUGCCCGAAGUUCCAAACUGUGGAAGAAGUUUUACAAGCCGCCAAGUUUAUGGUUGCAGUGCAGAUUGCUAAGGAACCACUUCUAAGGAAGAGCGUGCGCGAAGUGUUCUUCGAAAGGGCGAAAAUUACCAUCAGGCCGACGAAGAAGGGUAUGAAAGUGAUCGAUGAACAACACAAUUGCUACACCGUAAAAUAUGUUAAAAACAAACCCGUCCGAGAUUUAUCCGCUGAGCAAUUCCUUAAGCUUAGCAUGGCCGAGGAGGAGCAAUUGAUCACAAUCACGAUCAAUGAGAAUAUCGACGGGAACACAUCGAACUCGUAUAUAGACGAAGUUAAACAACUGUACAUUAAAGAUGAGUUCAGCAAGAAUGUUCAGGACUGGAACGCCUUGCGCAUGGAAUGCGUGGAGCGUGCUUUAACCAAAUCCGUGCUUCCUGAUCUCAGGGAUGAACUGAAACGAACCCUGAUAGCCGAGUCUAAGGAUUACGUUCUGAAAGCUUGCUGCAGAAAACUGUAUAAUUGGCUUAAGGUAGCACCUUACAAAGUUGAUUUCCCAGAUGAAGAGGAUGACGAAUGGGAUACUUCGAAGGGCAUCCGCGUUAUGGCAAUCGCCUACGUUCCAGAUUACUCACAAUCUGCUUUCACUUGCAUAGCAGGUCCGGACGGCGAUAUCACAGAUUAUUUGAGAUUACCGCAUUUGCUCAAGAGAAAGAACAGUUAUCGCGACGAGGAGAAAAUGCUCAAGGAGGCCGAUCUGAGCGCAUUGAGAAAUUUCAUUUACACCAAGAAACCGCAUGUCAUCGUAAUCGGCGGUGAAUCCAGAGAGGCUAUGAUGAUUUCCGAAGAUAUGAAAGGUUUGGUGUCUGAUUUGGUGGACAACGAUCAGUUCCCAUCGAUAAACGUUGAGAUCGUCGACAACGAAUUGGCCAAAGUGUACGCCAAUUCUCAUAAGAGCGAAACAGAUUUCCGGGAAUAUCCUGAGCUCCUCAGGCAAGCCGUCUCUUUGGCCAGAAAAAUGCAAGACCCAUUGGUAGAAUAUUCGCAACUCUGUACGGCUGACGAGGAAUUGCUCAGUUUACGGUUCCAUUCGAUGCAGGAUCAGUUGGGCAAAGACGAACUGCUGGAGAAUCUAUAUUUGGAGUUUGUUAAUCGCACUAACGAGGUCGGUGUUGAUGUUAAUUUAGCUGUGCAACAGAACCAUAAGAGUCACUUGGUGCAGUUUAUCUGCGGUCUCGGCCCUAGAAAGGGUCAAGCUCUUAUCCGCGUACUUAAACAGACGAAUCAGCGCUUGGAGAACAGAACGCAACUCGUGACGUCCUGCCACAUGGGCCCUAAAGUGUUCAUCAAUUGCUCUGGUUUUGUUAAGAUCGAUACAAACAGUUUGGGCGAUAGUACUGAAGCUUAUGUAGAAAUCCUUGACGGUUCUCGUGUCCAUCCAGAAACGUACGAAUGGGCCAGGAAGAUGGCCGUCGAUGCUCUCGAGUAUGACGAUGACGAGGGAGCGAAUCCUGCCGGAGCACUCGAAGAGAUUUUGGAGGCUCCAGAGAGAUUGAAAGAUUUAGAUUUGGAUGCUUUCGCAGAAGAAUUAGAGAGGCAGGCGUUCGGCAAUAAGAGCAUAACUUUGUAUGAUAUUCGUGCAGAAUUGAACAGCCGCUACAAAGAUUUAAGAACAGCUUUCCAAUCUGCCAAUGCCGAAGAAUUAUUCGAUAUGCUAACGAAGGAGACUCCUGAAACGUUCUAUGUUGGUAAAAUGAUUACGACGACGGUGUGCGGCAUUUCCAGGAGGAAACCGCAAGGUGAGCAAUUAGAUCAAGCUAAUCCAGUGAGAAACGACGAGACAGGUUUGUGGCAGUGUCCGUUCUGUCUGAAGAAUGACUUUCCGGAAUUGUCUGACGUAUGGAAUCACUUCGAUGCUGGUGCCUGUUGCGGACAAGCUACUGGCGUCAAGUUACGUUUGGACAAUGGAGUUUCUGGUUAUAUUCACAUCAAGAACUUGAGUGACAAACAUGUGGCGAAUCCGGAGGAUCGCGUUGGUAUUGGUCAGCUGAUCCAUUGCAGGAUAAUAAAGAUCGACGUGGAAAGGUUCUCUGUGGACUGCACCUCGAAAUCAAGCGAUUUGUCGGAUAAGAACCAUGAGUGGCGGAGGGCAAAGGAUCCGUUCUACGAUCAGGAGCAAGAGGAUACCGACACGAGGACAGAGCAGGACGUGAAGCGCAAUAAACAGAAACAGACGUACAUCAAGAGGGUCAUCGUGCAUCCUUCUUUCCAUAACAUCUCGUUUCUGGAGGCGGAGAAAGUUAUGGCGAAUAUGGACCAAGGUGAGGUGAUCGUGAGGCCUUCCAGUAAAGGAUCGGACCACUUGACCAUCACCUGGAAAGUGGCAGAUAAAAUCUACUCGCACAUCGAUGUCAGGGAAGAAGGAAAAGCGAACGCGUUCUCAUUGGGAUCGUCGUUGUGGAUCAACGGGGAGGAGUUCGAGGAUCUGGAUGAAAUCAUCGCCAGACACGUGACCCCGAUGGCCGCCCAUGCUCGUGAUAUUUUGCAUUUCCGGUACUACAAGGAUACCGAGGGCGGUCACAAAGAUAAAGCCGAGGAGUAUCUCAAGGAUGAGCGCAAAAAGAAUUCUUCCAAAAUCCAUUACAUCAUAAGCGCUUCCAAGAACUAUCCGGGGAAAUUUCUCCUCUCGUAUUUGCCGAGGAACAAGGUGAGGCAUGAGUUCGUGAGUGUCACGCCGGAUGGCUUCCGGUACAGAGGUCAGAUGUUCGAUAACAUCGGGAACCUCUUCAAGUGGUUCAAGGAACAUUUCCGUGAUCCCAUUCCAGGCGGACAGACGCCAGGCACUCCGAGAAGCAGUAACCACCAGGCCAGGCCUUCCUCUUAUGGAAACAACGUGACGCCGAGCUACGGCAACAUGAAUUCGGAGGCCAUUCAGCGGGUGGCGCAGAACAUGCCCAGCCACAUGAUGCAGACCUUGUCUGCAGUCGCGAACCAGACUCCGCAUUACCCUCAUACUCCCGGCGCUUACGGUGCUAAUACCUACAUUAACACGCCUUAUACUCCAAGCGGACAGACUCCAUUCAUGACUCCGUAUCAGACACCGCACGCUCAGCAGACACCUAGGUACGGCCAUCAGACUCCAUCGCAACACCUGCCGAACACUGCCCCACACAUGAGCGGACCGUUCCUGCAUCCUGGAGCUGUGACCCCGUCGCAGAGGACGCCCGGCUACAGGAAUUCCAUGGCCUCAUCGCAGUCUCCGAUGAUGCAACCUUCACCGCAACCAUCGCCGCACGGCAGAUCCUACGGCGAUCACAAGUCCUAUCCUACAGAAUCACCUAGGAGCUAUUCAAGUGAGCACCGGAGCUACCCCGACGGAGGUGGUAGAUCAUCCAGGAACAAUUACGCUCACAACAAUGAAUCCACCGAUUGGCAGAAGGCGGCGGAGGCUUGGGCCAGGAGCAAAGGAGGACGUGAGGGUGGAACCCCGAGGAGCGAAGCCGGCAGGGGAACCCCACGAUCUCAAGGACAGCGCACGCCAAGGUACGACGACGAAAGGUCCAGGAAGAGCGUGGGCAAAAGCCCUCGAUCUGUCCGCAGCACUCCAAGGACGAACACCUCACCGCACUCCAUGUCGUUGGGCGAUGCUACCCCGCUUUACGACGAAAACAUUUAAUAAUCAUUAUUUUAUUUUUUUUGUCCUUUUUUUUAUAUACAUAUAUAUAUAUAGUUUAGUAUAAUUUAGUAUUGCAACUAUCUUAUUCCCGAAAACUCAAAUCAACCGUAAAACAGACUGUUCAAAGUUAUUAUUAUCUUACUUUUAUUUAAUUUCUUUCCACGAGAGACGACGGAGGAGCAAUGAAAAGAAAAUAUAUAUGAAAUAUUUUAUAUUGUAAAACAGAUGGGACGAGGAGGAGGCGGAUAGGAAAAAUAUUGAGAAAUUGAUUUUGAACAAUAAAAAGCAAGUACAUUUUUCUAUGAAUCGCUGUAGUUUAUUACAAAUACAAUCAUCGUUCAUUCGUUGGACGAAGCUGCUGCGUUGACGACGUUUCGGCAUAUUUGGGAUUUCCAAGGGCAUUGCAUUUCGCAGUCUGGCAAAUGCCGCUGAGAAACCCCAAAACUGCGCUCAACACUUCUUCUUCAUGAUGUUGAUCUUCUUUUGUUGUUGCGUUGGUCCAUUUUCCUACCUAACUGAAACCGAAGCACUCUCUGAUACAACGAUCUAAUAAUAAUAACAACAACAACGUGUUCACAAAUAAAUGCCUAUGCUAUAUAUAAUAUACUCGUAUUAUUAUUAUACAAUGGAAUUGUUAAAUUUAAUACCGAU